ACAAUUACGUCUGGGUCCAGGCAAACAUGAGGCAGCUGCCAGCCGGCCUGGGCAGUCCUGUCUGCCUCGGCUGUGAAGUGGGGAGGCCUGGCAACAGUUGCCUUCAGCACCCAGGAUGCAGCCGGCUAAGGAGGUGUCAAAGGCAUCGGACGGCAGCCUCCUGGGGGACCUCGGGCACACGCCACUUAGCAAGAAGGAGGGUGUCAAGUGGCAGAGGCCAAGGCUCAGCCGCCAGGCUUUGAUGAGAUGCUGCCUGGUCAAGUGGAUCCUGUCCAGCACAGCCCCACAGGGUUCAGACAGCAGCGACGGUGAGCUGGAGCUGUCUGCGGUGCGCCACCAGCCGGAGGGGCUGGACCAGCUGCAGGCCCAGACCAAGUUCACCAAGAAGGAGUUGCAGUCUCUCUACAGAGGCUUUAAGAAUGAGUGUCCCACGGGCCUGGUGGACGAAGACACCUUCAAACUCAUUUACGCGCAGUUCUUCCCUCAGGGAGAUGCCACCACCUAUGCACACUUCCUCUUCAACGCCUUUGAUGCCGACGGGAACGGGGCCAUCCACUUUGAGGACUUUGUGGUCGGCCUCUCCAUCCUGCUGCGGGGCACAGUCCACGAGAAGCUCAAGUGGGCCUUUAAUCUCUACGACAUUAACAAGGAUGGCUACAUCACCAAAGAGGAGAUGCUGGCCAUCAUGAAGUCCAUCUAUGACAUGAUGGGCCGCCAUACCUACCCCAUCCUGCGGGAGGACACGCCGGCAGAGCACGUGGAGAGGUUCUUCCAGAAAAUGGACCGGAACCAGGAUGGGGUGGUGACCAUUGAAGAGUUCCUGGAGACCUGUCAGAAGGACGAGAACAUCAUGAGCUCCAUGCAGCUGUUUGAGAAUGUCAUCUAGGACACGUCCGGAGGAGUGCAUGGCCAUGGCCACCUCCACCCCCAAGAAACCUCCAUCCUGCCAGGAACAGCCUCCGAGAAACUUUUAAAAAAUAGAUUUGCAAAAAGUGAACAGAUUGCUACACACACACACACACACACACACACACACACACAGAUACAGCCAUUCAUGUGGGCUGGCAGAGGGGGACAGAGGUCAGGGAGGGGCUGAGUCUGGCUGGGAGCCAACCCAGGCCAGCGAGGCGAGGCUGCCUCUGGGUGAGCAGCUGACAGAGCAGGUCUGCAGGCCACCAGCCGCUGGAUGUCACCAGGAAGGGGCUCAAGUGCCCCUGCAGGGGAGGGUCCAAUCUCUGGUGAGCCCACCUCGUCCCGUUCUCCAUUCUGCUUUCUUGCCACGCAGUGGGCCGGCUCCGGGCUCCCCUGGCCUCCUCCCCACAGCCACUCCCUACCCACUACCUACGCUUCUAGAAAGCCCUUUGCCUCAGGACCCCAGAGGGACCAGCUGGGGGGCAGGGGAGAGGGGGUGAUGGAGGCCGAGCCUGCAGCUUUCUGGAAAUGCUUCCCUGGGGGGUCCCAGGACCCCCUGCCACUCCACUGACCUGGAAGAGCUGGGUACCAGUCCACCCACUGUGGGGCAAGCCUGGGUGGUGAGGGGCCACUGGGCCCCAUUCUUCCUCCAUGGCAGGAAUGCGGGGGAUUUCAAGCUUGGGGACUGGUCAUGGUGGAGAAUCCGAGGGCACUCUCUGCCAGCUCCACAGGGGACUGGGUCAUGGUGGAGAAUCCGAGGGCACUCUCUGCCAGCUCCACAGGAGACUGGGUCGUGGUGGAGAAUCCGAGGGCACUCUCUGCCAGCUCCGCAGGAGACUGGGUCAUGGUGGAGAAUCCGAGGGCACUCUCUGCCAGCUCCGCAGGGGGACUGGGUCGUGGUGGAGAAUCCGAGGGCACUCUCUGCCAGCUCCACAGGGUCGGAAGAGCCUUUCCUUGUCCUAGUCCUGGUUCAGUGGGAAUGCAGUGGGUGGGGCUGUACAUACCCUCCAGCACAGACCGUUCCCUCCAAGGUCCUCUUAGGUCCCGGGAGGAGGCAUGUGGUUCAGGGACUGGCAGCCAGGGAGCCCGGGGCAGAGCUCAGAGGGGCCUGGGAAGGGGCGCGUCCCUCCUCUUCCUGCAGUGCCCCUCCUGUGGCCCAGCAGCUUGGCUGAGCCCCCUCUCCUGAAGCAGUGUCGCCGUCCCUCUGCCCAGGCUUGCCCCAGCCUUGCACAAAAAGCACAAGCAUUCCUUAGCAGCUCAGGCGCAGCCCCAGUGGGAGCCCAGCACACUGCUUCUCAGAGGCCAGGCCUCCUGCUGGCUGAGGCUUGGGCCCAGUAGCCCCAAUAUGGUGGCCCUAGGGAAGAGGCCUGGGGGUUCUGCUCUGUGCCUGAGAUCAGCAGGGCCCCAAAGCCCAGCCCGGCUGACCAACAUUCAAAAGCACAAACCCUGGGGACUCUGCUUGGCUGUCCCCUCCAUCUGGGGAUGGAGAAUGCCAGCCGAAAGCUGGAGCCAACGAUGAGGUCUGAGGAGCCUGCGGCUGGGUGGUCAGCGGAAACCCCCGGAGGAGAGAGAUGCUGCUGGCACCUGCCCCGGCCUCACCGAGAAGGAACCUGGUCGGAGGCCGCACGGCCCCUCCAGGAACAUUCCCACAUAAUACAUUCCAUCGCAGCCAGCCCAGCUCCACUCCGGGCUGGCCCGGGGAGUCCCCGAGUGCCCCAGGAGGCUAGCCCCAGGGUGAGCAGGGCCCUCAGAGGAAAGGCGGUGUGGUGGAGGCCCCUCGGCAAUCAGGCACAGUGUGGCCUCCCCCGCGGAGCUGCACGGACACCGGGCUCCAGACUCCAGGCUGACUGGGGGCCUCUGCCUCCCGGAGGGCAUCAGCUUUCCCUGGCUCAGGGAUCUUCUCCCUCCCCUCUCCCCCUGCCCAGCCCUCCCAGCUGGUGUCACUCUGCUAAGACCAAGGCCUCAGGAGAGCGUCCCCACCACACCCCUGCCCGCGUUGACCUCGGGGCCAGACUGGCUGCACAGCCCAACCGGGAGGGGUCUGCCUCCCGCGCUGGGACCAGACCAGCCGCAUGUCUGCAUGGCAGAAGCGUCUCCCUCGGCCACGGCCUGGGAGGGUGGUUCCUGUUCUCAGCAUCCACUAAUACUCAGUCCUGUAUAUUUUAAUAAAAUAAACUUGACAAAGGAGAGGGA